GCCAACGCCGGGAAUUUGAACGCUUCCUCCGGCGGAGUCGGUCCUCGUCGUUGGCCGGCAUCGACAGGUGUCCCGAGUGAAACGCGAAGCUUUUCGCCAACUUUUUCGGCGGUUGUCCGUUAACGUCGCAUCUCCGACCCACCGAGGACGCCCGAAACCUUCCGCGAUGGGAAGUCGGGGGUUUAUUUAAUUUGCCGUUCUCCUAUCCCCCCCCCCCACGAACAUUCCCACCGACGCUCGCAACUUCUGACAUCCGACGCGUCGACCCUAUCAUGCGACCCAACGGCUGCGUGGAGUAACGGCCAUCACCCAGCGCCCCGCCGGUCGCACCGAAGACGCCCAAAAUGAGCAGCAGCAGCGGACCUGUCAUCGUGUACGAGUGGCUGAAGACCCUCCAGCUGGCCCAGUACGUCGAGGCUUUCGUGGAUAACGGCUACGACGACCUGGAGGUGUGCAAGCAAAUAGGAGACCCCGACCUGGACGCCAUCGGCGUGUACAUACCGCACCACCGACGGAGGAUCCACGACGCCGUGAAAAGACUCAAAGAUGAGGAUAAAGAGGCCGCCAGCGGGCUGUACUUCACCCUGGAGCCCAUGCCCCCCGCGUCCGAGAUUUACUACGGCAGCCACAUGGCGGACCAGUAUGAAUCCAAACUUCGGGGUUCGCGGUCCUGGACCGAGCCGAACGGGGACAGGGUCGGGCGGAGCGGCGGGUACGUGGGCGCGCAGAGGAACCUGACGCUGGGCACCCGGAGAGAGCUGGUGGUUUACCCCAAACUGAAGCUGAAGAUCAUGAUCAGGGAUAAGCUCAUCAGAGACGGCGUCAACCUCGCCAGGCCGCCGUAUUCCAACAAGGAUGGUUCUCUGGGCAAUAUAGAUGACCUGGCACAAGAGUACUCUGAGUACUAUAACACCUGCUUCCCUGACGUCAGCGACCGCAUGGAGGAGCUACGCAAAAGACGCGUCUCCCAGGAGCUUGACAUGGAAAAACUGGACCCCAGCACCACCUCUUUACAGCUCCGCUCUGAGAUUCAGGAGUCAUUAGGCUUCAGCAGUGAGGUGUCCACUCCAGAGACGGACAGAAAAAUGCCCCUGCACAAGUCGAGCUCCGAGGAUGGAUCUGGAGGCAAAUGGGACAAUAAGAAGAAAAACAAAUCCUUUUGGCAGAACUUCCGCAAGUCUCAGCACAAGCCUGUGAUGCGACAGACAUCCAAAGGUAGCUCAUCCGAGUUACUUGACACAAGAGAGGACAUCGGGUAUGUGGCCAGUGAGAUCACCAUGAGCGAUGAAGAGCGCAUCCAGCUUAUGAUGAUGGUCAAGGAGAAGAUGAUCACUGUAGAGGAGGCGCUGGCUCGGCUGAAGGAGUAUGAGCGCAGCAGACAGUCCAGCAGUACUGACACUGCAGAGUGGACUGACGGAUCCUCACCCAAUCUAAACCAGUCCUCAAACUGCAAUUCACGUGAGCAGUCAGACGAUGAACAGUCAGAGGACUCGGUGAAGUUUAAGAGACUCCACAAGCUGGUCAACUCCACCCGCCGUGUCAGGAAGAAACUCAUUAAGGUGGAAGAGGGCAGAAAACAUGGCUCUGAAGAUUCUCUGAGUCUGGAGGCAUCCCCCACCUGUGAAGACAAUACAGCUCUGUACACAGGAGUCUUGAAGAAGCCCCCUUUGCCCCAGGAUACUUCCUUGUCCUCCUUGCCGUCUCUUAUCCAGGAUCAGUUGUCUCUGGAUGGAGACACAGACAGUCUGACCACCUCCCCCUCCUCCAGCAGCUUGGACACCUGGUCAGGACACAAGUUGGUCAAGACUUUCAAUAAGUCUUCCAGUACCCACGGUCUCAUUCGGCCCCCCAGGAGAACCCCAGUCGUCUCCGGAGGCCUGGGAGGUUCCAUUGCAGGUGUUGGAGGCAGCGGCUCCUCCAUCUCAGAGUUGGACAGCUGUGGAUUGGAUGACGAGGGGAAGCUGUCGCGCUCCACCACCGACGGCGAGAUGCGGAAGGCGCUGGGCUCCGUCUCCCACGGGAGGACGUGUAGUUUUGGAGGAUUCGACCUCUCCAACCGUUCACUCCAUGUGGUCAACGCAGACUCUGAGGCCAAUAGCAAAGAACAGGAGGCUCUGUACAGAGAGGUUGUCAAGUCCCCCACCACGUCUCGCAUCUCACUGGGCAAGAAGGUCAAGUCCGUCAAGGAGACCAUGAGGAAACGGAUGUCAAAGAAGUACAGCAGCUCCCUGUCUGAGCAGUCCAGUCCAGAUGGGGCACCUGGCUCACCCCAGUCCCCCCAGCCAGACACCGACUCCCUGGAGAAGCCCAAGCUCAAGGCUGGGGGCUCGGUGGAGAGCCUCAGGAGCUCGCUCAGCGGACAGAGCUCCAUGAGUGGGCAGACUGUCAGCACCACAGACUCAUCGGCCAGUAACAGAGAAAGUGUGAAGUCAGAGGAUGGUGAUGAUGAAGAACCCCCCUACAGAGGACCAUUCUGCGGUCGCGCUCGAGUCCACACUGACUUUACCCCCAGCCCGUACGACACGGACUCCCUCAAGCUGAAGCGCGGAGAUGUGAUCGACAUCAUCAGCAAGCCACCCAUGGGAACAUGGAUGGGCCUGCUCAACAACAAGGUGGGCACCUUCAAGUUUAUCUACGUGGAUGUGCUGAGUGAAGAGGAGGAGAAGCCCAAGAGACCUGUGAGGAGGAGGAGGAAGGGCAGACCACCUAAACCCACCUCUGUGGAGGAACUGCUGGAGCGCAUCAAUCUCAAGGAGCACAUGCCCACCUUUCUAUUCAAUGGUUAUGAGGACCUGGACACAUUCAAGCUGCUGGAAGAGGAGGAUUUGGAUGAGCUAAACAUCAGAGACCCCCAGCACAGAGCUGUCCUGCUCACAGCUGUAGAGCUUCUGCAGGAAUAUGACAGCAGCAGUGACCCUGAGCGCAGCGGCUUGUCAGGCUCCCAAGAGAAACUUCUGUCUGAGGGGCGCAACCUGGUGGGAGAUUCCCCACGUGACUCUGGCUGCUAUGAAAGCAAUGAAAAUCUGGAGAAUGGUAAGAGCAGGAAGGCUUCCCGCUCCAGUCGAUCCUCGGUGGGCCAGCAGUCGCCGGACUACCCCACGCUGCCCAUGACACUGUCCACAGAGGCCCUGCAACACAACGGCAAGAACCAGCGCACUAAGUUCCCCUUCUUCCUCAAGCCCACCCUGAAAUGUUUUCUGCGCAGAGCCCAGCGGCGCUCCCCAAUCCCCACUAGCCGCAGCUGUGAGGACCUGGACGAACCCCAGCAGCCCACUGGACCGUGGAAACGCUCCCACUCGCUGGGAGACCUCCACUGGGAGCAGGCCUUCGAUCAGAAGAAAGAGCCCAGCCUACAGCUCAAACCCACCGAGGGAGGGUUGAAGUCGGGCAGUGGCAGCAGCCCCGUCAGAGCCACUCAGGCUCACCAUGAAACUCCGGCAGUGAGCCCCAAGAGGAGGUUCGAACGACCACCCGUUCCCUCCCAGCUGCCACUUCGCCCCCCGUGUCCCUCCGCCUCACCGCCCAACCCUCCAGAAACCCUUUCCAGCCCUACGCCGAGCCCCCCCGAGUCGAGUCCGAGCGUGGAGCGGAUCAUCCAGACUCACCCGAAAAAGCCUCCAGUUCCUCCUCCGGUUCCCGCCAAGAAGUCGAAGGAGAGGCUGGCCAACGGCCUUCGUCACCCGCCUCUCUCUUUGCCCUCCUCACCUUCCCCUACUCCCUCCCCCACCCACUCCCUCACCCGCUCUCACCCCGCCAGCCCUGUUAUCCGCAGCCCCAGCCCCAGCGCCCCACCUCUGCCCACCAAGACCCCCAGCACCCCGGCCAGCCCAUUGGUCACUUCAUCCGCCUCCUCCAUGGGUGAGGAGCCCAGCACGCCUCCGGCCGUGCCGCCACCCUGGCUGUCCGACCUCGGAGGUAAAGUGGCCAUCACGAGGAAGGUGUCCCACGCCAAGAUGGGUCCUGACCUGCUCACCCUCCUGGAGCAGAGGCUUGAGGCCGAGGGCAUCGAUCUCACUGAGGAGCCCUACUCUGAUAAGCAUGGCCGGUGUGGUAUCCCUCAGCCUCUGGUGCAGCGUUACGCCGAUGAAUUGGAGCAGCCUGCCAAGGAGGUGGCCUCCACCAUGGACCAGCUCCGCGUCAGAGAGCUGCGUAAACAACACCGCAUGGCUAUUCCCUCUGGAGGUCUGACCGAGAUGUGCCGGAAGCCUUCGUCCCCGGGUAACGUCAACACCGUCUCCGAAUGGCUCGUCUCCAUUGGCCUGCCCAUGUACGCCGCAUUGCUGGCGGCUGCCGGAUAUGACACGCUGAGCCGUGUGUCUCUGAUAACUGAGGGCAACGUAUGGGAAGCAGGAGUGCACGAUGAAAGACACGCCCGCCGACUGGUCAGCGAAGCUCGGCUGGUCACCGCACACAGAGAUGCCCAGUCAUAACCUGGACCACGUUGGUGAUUGUGAAGCGGGUUUAGCGCUGACCGGUCAGAGCAGUCUGGUUUUAAAGCUGGUCAAGAAGAGGUCAAGGGUGAUCUGGCCAUAGGAUGGACUGAUGGACCAUGCAAGUGGCCACAGCACAGCUUCCCUCUUGCAAGAUUGGACUACAGACAUACAGACUUCACACUUGAGACCUACUUUGAGCUACCCUUCUCUCUCUCUCUCUCUCUCUCUCUCUCUCUCUCUCUCUCUCUCUCUCUCUCUCUCUCUCUCUCUCUCUCUCUCUCUCUCUUACUCUCUCUCUCACCUCCUCUCUUCCUUAUUUCCAAAUGUUUACGGCAUCGGGGAGUUUGUCCCUAACGCCAAGACUAGAUAUAAGAUGCCUUUUGAAACCAGACUCUAGACUCACCCAGUGGGAUGGCUUCCAUUCAUAAAACAUCCCCGAGGUCUUAAAACACAGGUCUCUGGACUGCCUUUAAGGAAGAUAGCACACUCUUUUCUAGGUUUGGGUGUUUUUAUAAAGAAGACUGUUGAGUGUUACUUCCCGUGUGCUCAGUUAAGUGCUGCGUUUUCAUCUCUCACGCGAGACCGAGACACAAUAUCCGAGGGUCUUUUAAGGAUGUAGCUUGGCCAAAGCGAUUUCUCUCGACAUUUCGCACAUUUCAUUAUCGCUAACGGACUCACGGUUAAUACAGUUCGGACGACAGGAUUCAGUCAGCGCUUGGAUCUUUAAUCAACUAAACACGUAUGAUGUAUACCUGGUUGUUUUGAGUUUGGAAAUGGCUUCUUAUUUUAUCAUGUGCUUCUGUAAUAUAACGUACCACAUAUUCUAAUUUCAAGAGGAUUUUGUCAAUAUAUGUAUGCAUUUUUUUUGCCUUUUGAAUAUAACAGCCUUCUUUAUAGGCCAACGCUGAGUCAUUUCCAAGUAGGAGCAGUUCCCUACCAAACUUUUACGUUUUAGUUGUGUCCAACUUGACUGGAUAUCUUGAAUGCAUGUUCCUCUCCAGUUUGUGGAGCUUUCAAGGACGCUCCCUUAUCGCCACGUGUCACAAAGGGAGGUCGGCUUUUUCAGUGCAGACCAAAUCUCCUCUGUAUAUUCAAGCACAUUUUAAGUUGCCUUACUGCUCUGAAUGAAUAUCUACCAUAAACAAAACGUAUAGUAAUCUAAUAUCCAGCAUUUACCACAACAGGCCCCGACGGCUGAGGCUUGACUGUACCCAAGGUGCAAACAAAGCCCCUUUUUUGUUCAGAGUGUCUGAGUCUUACAGUUUGGAGGUUUUGGAGAUUUAAUAAACACCACAAUCGGAGAAACACGUGCAUGUUGAAUCAUCAGGUGGAUUGGCAUUAAUAAAUGGCAAUACUACGUGAUAGUGAAGCACAGGGCCCAACACAGCCCGGGUACCGAGUUGAACCUGUAGCCAUCACAGACACGCCAUUCACACAGCCACAAGUCUGUAUGUCUCUACCCCACACACAAACUGUUUGGUGGGAUGCAGUUGUUCAGAAGUCCCAGCUGACAUCAGGGUUGUCACAUCUUGAAGAUACACAACUGAUUUUAUUCGAUCAUGUAAAAUUUUGGUUAGAAUCUUACAACAUGUUGAGCCAGUAGAUGCAAAAUAACCUUAUUUGAACUACCUUAGUCCAUCAUAAUCUAAGAUACAGGAGUGUUUUAUUCCAGGGUUGACUACUACUAAUACUACUACUACUACUACUUCUGGCUGUUCCCGUUAGGGGUCGCCACAGCAGAUCAUCCAUUUCCAUCUCCUCCUGUCCUCUGCAUCUUCCUCUGUCAUGCCUGCCAUCUGCAUGUCAUCCCUCACCACAUCCAUGAACCUCCUCUUUGGCCUUCCUCUUUUCCUCUUCCCUGGCAGCUCCAUAUUCAGCAUCCUUCUCCCAAUAUACCCAGCAUCUCUCCUCCACACAUGUCCAAACCAUCUCAAUCUUGCCUCUCUUGCUUUGUCUCCAAACCGUCCAACUUGAGCGGUCCCUCUAAUAUACUCGUUCCUAAUCCUGUCCUUCUUCGUCACUCCCGGUGAAAAUCUUAGCAUCUUCAACUCUGCCAGCUCCGCCUCCUGUCUUUUCGUCAGUGCCACUGUCUCCAAACCCUUUAACAUAGCUGGGCUCACAACCAUCUUGUAAACCUUGCCUUUAACUCUUGCUGGUACCCUUCUGUCGCAAAUCACUCCUGACACUCUUGUCCACCCACUCCACCCUGCCUGCACUCUCUUCUUCACCUCUCUUCCACACUCCCUGUUACUCUGAACAGUUGACCCCAAGUAUUUAAACUCAUCCACCUUCGUCAUCUCCACUACUUUUAUCUUCACCAUUCCACUGUCCUCCCUCUCAUUCAUGCAUAGGUAUUCCGUCUUGCUCCUACUGACUUUCAUUCCUCUUCUCUCCAGUGCAUACCUCCACCUCUCCAGGCUCUCCUCAACCUGCACCCUACUCUCAGUAUAGAUCACAAUGUCAUCCGCAAUCAUCAUCGCCCAUGGUGACUCCUGCCUGAUCUCGUCCAUCAACCUGUCUAUCACCAUUGCAAACAAGAUUUAUUCCAUAUUUCGUCGGAUGCCCUUCCUGACGCAAUCCUCCCCGUUUAUCCGGGUUUGGGACCGGCACUAAGAAUGCACGGGCUUGUGCAUCCUCAGUGGCUGGGUUUUAUUCCGGGGUUGACUAAUAUUCCAAAUAUAAGCAAAGCUUUUAAACCCUCAUAAAACAAACGGACGUGUUGAGUAAGACGCAUAGCUCAGAUCACACGGAAAACAAAACGGACGAGCCAAUGAAUCACUUUGAACGAACAAAGCCAGCGGUGGGGUGACGGGGUGUGCCAAACUGAAAUGAAGGACUGGGCCUGUACUUUUUUUUUUUUUUCCUCGGAAAGGAUGACGAUAUUUUUUUUUUUGUAGACACGCUGAAAAUGAAUAACAAAAGGAGAAUCGGAGUCCAUCAGGUGUAAAAGCCCAGUCCAAGAUUAGCACGUGUGUAUGCUGCAAUAGCGUGUUACUCUGGGAGACCCUUAAGUUGCGGGUCCUUCCCAUCAGUCUGUUACCAGUCCUGCAGCAAAAAGUGAACUUUGGUGUGAUCUGUUGUGCAUUUUUCAUAACAUCUAGCAUCUACAGAACUUUUUGAUGUGGAGGUUUUCGAAGUAGAUAUCUAUCCUCAGUAGCCAGAACUCAGUUUUGUUUAGUUUUUUUGUCCGCACCAGGAGAUUUCAAAAUACAAGAAAAACGACUGAGUGUUUUUGCUAAAUCUGGAGAAUGCUUUUGCAGUGAACACUCAAAUGAUGUUUGAUGCCAUUUUUCCUUUUCAAUCAAAGUGGUGCUGUUAGCUAGGAUGUGGGUCAUUUGAAAAAAAAAAGAAAAAAAAUACAGACCCAACCUCGAAGAUGUACUUUGUAAAGAAUGAAAAAAAAAAUGACACUGUAAAUGCACUUUAGAAAGUAAAUCUAGCUGUUUUAUAACAGAAAUUGGCUAAAUUUUGUUCAGAGGUCCAAAAAUGGAUGCUUGUUGUCAGGUAUUGUAAAGAAAAGGAUUUGAGAUGGGUUAUGCUGGUAUUUUAACUUUAGUAUUGAGUUCCCAAUGCCAAGUCAAUGUAAAAAUGUUUAUAUUCACUCUCAAAUUAACCUUUUUUUUCCAAUUACUCACUUCCCUUUUGUUUUUGCAGUCUUACAAAAAAUAAAUUAUUAAUUACAUAUAUGAAAUGUUAAACAAGCGUUGCACAUUCUGUAUAUGUAAUUGAUAUUUAAAUAACUUAUUUUUCCCUUUUUGCAUAUCGACUGUAAUUAGCUGUACCAUAUGAAUAGCAAUACCUUCCUGCAUAAUGCAUACUGCUUUAGCAAGUGAGAAGCUACAGCAUGUAUUGUAAAAUAUAAGUGUACAAAUUAUUUUAUUUGGUUUCAUCAAGCUAAUGAUUGUCCAUAAAGAUUUGCUUGUGUAUUGGAAAAAAAAAGUAAUGUUCAUAACUAUUUGUCUUCUGAAAUAUAAUAAAAACUCUUUCUU